GAUCUCCGUACCACUUUCUGUUUAGCGUCCAGCCUAGUAGCAUCAAGCUCUCUUCAAUCUGAUCCAGCACAGCAUUUAACUCAUUCCUCAUGGCGAACAAAGGAGAUCCAGGCAUUGCUGCCCUUGUACACGAUUAUCUGUUGAAAACAGAUGCAUCGUUGGCCAAAGUAUUUCAGAAGAAAUUCAAUGCGCGUGAGCUUGCUAAAGGUUCACCUUUAAUUGCAGAGGUUUACCAACAUUUCCAAAAAACUUCUACAAAAAAAGUUGCAGUAAAAAACUCCAAGCAGAGCGACAGUUCAGAUUCGAGUUCAGAUAGUGACGAUGAAGAACCAAAAAAGUCCACAGUAACAAAUGGUAAAGCCCCAGUUAAAGUUACAGCCAAAAAACAGGAAUCUUCUUCUGAUGAUUCAAGUGAUGAAGAAAAGCCAGCCCCUAAAGCUGCUGCAAAGACUCAAGUAAAGCCUGUGGCCAAAAAGCAGGAAUCAUCUUCAGAUGACUCCAGCGAUGAGGAGAAACCAGCCCCUAAAGCUGCUGCAAAGACUCCAGUUAAGCCUGUGGCCAAAAAGCAGGAAUCAUCUUCAGAUGACUCUAGCGAUGAAGAAAAACCAGCCCCUAAAGCUGCUGCAAAGGCUGCUGCAGCUGCCAAAACUCCAGUAAAGCCUGCAGCCAAAAAGCAGGAAUCAUCUUCAGAUGACUCAAGCGAUGAAGAAAAACCAGCCCCUAAAGCUGCUGCAAAGGUUACAGUGGCUGCCAAAACUCCAGUAAAGCCUGCAGCCAAAAAACAAGAAUCAUCUUCGGAUGACUCCAGCGAUGAGGAAAAACCAGCCCCCAAAGCUGCUGCUAAAACUCCAGUAAAGCCUGCUGCCAAAAAGAAGGAAUCAUCAUCUUCAGAUGACUCCAGCGAUGAAGAAAAACCAGCCCCUAAAGCUGCUGCAAAGACUCCAGUUAAGCCUGUGGCCAAAAAGCAGGAAUCAUCUUCAGAUGACUCCAGCGAUGAGGAGAAACCAGCUCCUAAAGCUGCUGCAAAGGCUACAGCAGCUGCCAAAACUCCAGUAAAGCCUGCAGCCAAAAAACAAGAAUCAUCUUCGGAUGACUCCAGUGAUGAGGAGAAACCAGCCCCUAAAGCUGCUGCUAAAACUCCAGUGAAGGCUGCACCAAAGAAACAAGCAUCAUCUUCAGAUGACUCUGAAGAUAGCAGCGAUGAUGAACCACCAGCCAAAAAACAAACAGUUGCUCCAAAACCGACAGCUAAAAAAGACUCCAGUGACUCUGAUGAUUCUGAUGAUGAAGCUUCAAACAAACCUGCCAAAGUGACUAAUGGUAAAGCUACUCAAAAAGAAUCUAUGGAAGUUGAAGAUAACAAAGAAGAAUCACCAGUCAAACUAGGCAAAAGAAAACACAGAGAUGAUGAAGAAGGUGAAGAUAAACCAGCAAAAUUCCAAAAAAAUAACUACAGUAAUUUUGUGAAAGGUGGCGAACAGAAUGGAGAUCAGUCAAGGACACCUAAAAAUCAACCUUUUCGAAGAGUAAAGGAUGAUGAAAUUGAGGUUUCUCCACUUCUUGCAAACAACUCAUUUGAAGCAAAGAGAGGAGCAAGAGGGUCUUGGGGAGAAAAAGCAAACUUGGAUCUCAAAUUCACUCGAGGUAAAUCUUUCCGUCACGAAAAGACCAAGAAGAAAAGAGGAAGUUAUCGUGGUGGCCAAAUUGACAUGAGUGUUAAUUCCAUAAAAUUCGACGACUAUGAAUAGGCAUUUAGAAUUCAAUUAAUUAGAUUUUUCAUUAAUAAAUUAAAUAAUAUACAUAGGUAUUAUAUAUUGUAAAAAUACUGCGAUAUUUUUUACCUAGCGGUAGUUUUGAUACUUUUGUUACAAAAAUAAUUGCAGAAUCUUACAAUAAUUACUCCAAAUACGUUGGUUAUUAAAUAACGGACAUCUGUGCAUAUCGAGAAACUGUUUUUUGAAUAAAAAGACUCCAAUUUCGAUAUAAAAUUUAUCGAAUUUCACUUUUAGAGUUACAUAAAUAUUUUAAGUAAUUAAAUUUGCAUUAAUAAUUAUUUAUUGCUAUGUAUAGUUGAUCCUUCAAUCGCAAUGUAUAGUUCCGUGUAUUAGUAAACAUUUGUUAUUUUAAUGUACCAUUUAUUUUAUAAAUAAUUGUCAAGCUUGACUUAGUGAAAAUGACUAUAAUCAUUUUUUCUACAAUUGCGCAAUCGAAAAAAUAAACAUAUUUUACAUAUCCUUGAGAGGAUCAUUAUAAAUUA